AUGUGCCGUCGCGUGCCAGUGUGCGCUGCAGAUCAGUGUCGGAAACGGGCGAUCGUUGGCACGGGAUUGUACAGAUACGCACCGCGCUUCAAGUUCUACCUCGGCCACGGCUUUGCCAUCGGAUACCUCGUCCUUGUCAGCGCCGCUGCCACCGCGCUCAACUGGACCAUACUCACGAGGCUGAACAGGGAGGAGCACCAGUUGCUGCAGUCGGGCGAAUUCAGCGAGAAAGACGAUGAAGAAAGUCGUUUGCUGCUGGGUGGCCCUGAUGAGCAUCCGCUCUGGAAGUAG